AUGCUUCUUGCCGCAGUGUCGAUUCUUUGUCUCGUUAACGUCCUUGUAAGCCCUGUUCUGCCCACGGAUGCACCUCAAUCUGUGGUUAUGUCUGGCGCGGCCUCGGAAGCUAGUGUGGAAGGAACGACUGCCGAGGCAACCCUCGCCACUGCUGCUCCAGGGACAACGGUAGAGCCUGAAGUCAGCGAAGCCCUAUUCACCCAGAAGGACGUUGAAACGGCCAGCACUAUGGCAACGGAUCACCUCGUGCAAGACGAUGGUCCCGUAGUCACAGAGGCACCAGUUGAGGAGGUUCCGCUGGACCAUUUCUUUUCUGAGGCUCCCAUCUCCAAGGAUGGAGAGGUGGAUACUGCAGUAGACGGUAUUCCAUUGGACGAUGUAGACCUCUCUGUGGACGCAACAGCGGACAUUGAUACCGCAAGUUUCGACGACCAGGUAGCCGGAUUCACUUUUGGUCCGUCAUUGGAAAGCCAAGAAGUUGAUGUGUAA